CAUAACCCUGUAGUACAGUCUCACAGCUUAAAGGUCAUGUCGCUGUGGAAGGACAACAGGAGGAAAGUCAUUCUGUCUCACAAGUAGUCUUCUAAACCACAUCACAAUCUACAGGAAGCACGUGUUUGCCGUGUGUAUUUAUGGGACACACAUACACAGACAGAGACAGUAUGCAUACAGUGCUACACUCAGGGAUGAUGUCUCUCAGUUGGUUUGUACUUUUGCUCUUUGUCUUCACAAAUGCAGACAAUAUUAUGUUGUGGCGAGAGUCUGGUGGUAACGUCACCCUGGAGUGUUCUUACACAGAAUGUCCCAGCAGCAUUGACGGGUUUGUGGGGAUGUAUUUGUAUCAUGAUUCACGGCAGCAGCAGCAGGAAGAGGUGCUUUACUAUCACUCCAGCCCACCACCUGAAAGAAUCACCCCACGAAAGAGAUACAGCAACAGGGUUGAGAAGAAAGGACAGCUGGAGAACCACACUGUCACCAUCAGGGACCUGAACACGGGCGACUCCGGCGUCUACACAUGUGUCUACAUAACAAACAUCAAUAUCCAAGUCACAUGCAAUGUCUACACUCUUUUUAUAUCAGGAGUAGCACAGUGUCCCACGUCAACAACGUCCAGCCUGACCAAACCGGACAUGGUUUGUAAAGGUCCUGAUCCGCUGUUAGUCGUUCUUGCCACAAGUGCUAUCACCUUAUUUACCACCUUGGUCUUCAUUGUGCUGAGUUUGAGGGUGAAACGAUGGACUCAGAGGAGAAGAACACGCGCUCCCCCCAUUGAAAAUGUGUAUGAACUUAUGACCAAGAACCCUGUAGCUGCUCCAGAGUAGCCGCCGUCUUGUGCCGAGCACAUUAUCUGAUGGGUACAAUUUUCCUCUUGACUGUUUUGAAACUUUUUUGCUGGACCGAUUGUAAGUAAGCUUAUGUGAGACAGAGUGUAUAAUAAACGGUAUAUAAUACAAAUGAACACAACCAGACCUCCCCGAAAGGAUCCGAUGCCACACAUUUAUGUGACGUUUUGACGUCAUUUGAGCAGUUCCGGUUUCGUCGUGCUGUAUUUGAACCGCAGUAAAGUACGACAACGUCUACAAAAAUGAUCUCGACAACUGAGCUUAUUAAAGUGAGUACUAAAAAGUAAAUGGAACAUGCAGGAAGUUUGUGUAGGAGAGCAGACUGUAAACGACAGGGCUUGUGGUCACAAACCCUGUGAUCUAUGAAGGGGGCUGGGUGGGUGCACGUCUCAGUGAACGGGGGAGCAAAGAAACACAAAAAUAAAUCUGAGUGACAUAGAUACAAGUGAUAAAUGAUGGCAAACACAACGCAGCGUUUCAUCCGCAGCGACACUGAUGAUGGUUAAAGAAAGUCUUAAUGAUGUCAUUCUGUGUAAUAUAUACUAAAUGUUGUUGUUUUUUUUAAUAUAGUGUGACUAUUCUUUUCUAUGAUAUAUUCCUUUGCUUUUGUUUGUUUACAAUAUAUUAUGGGGUUAUGGCUGCAAAUUGUGCA